CAGAAAAUUUUAGGGCUGGCUUUGAAGGAGCGUGGCAUCGUCCUCUCUAGUUCCUUCCACUCCCACCCCACCAUCCCCAGAUCCUCUCUCUCGCAUAUUCUCUCUUAUUCUUCGUCCCUCCUCUUCUUUUCAUUCUCCAACCUUUCGCUUCUCUCUCCAAUCACCGCCAAACUCACCGCCGCACACCUCCAGCAAUGGCUUCUUUCGAUGAGGCACCUCCCGGCAAUCCCCAGACUGGCGAGAAAAUCUUCAAAACCAAGUGCGCUCAGUGCCACACCGUCGACAAAGGUGCCGGCCACAAGCAAGGGCCCAAUCUAAAUGGUUUAUUCGGAAGGCAAUCUGGCACUACUCCUGGAUAUUCCUAUUCUGCUGCAAACAAGAACAUGGCUGUGAUCUGGGAGGAAAAGGCUUUAUAUGAUUACUUGCUUAACCCCAAAAAGUAUAUUCCAGGGACAAAGAUGGUGUUUCCAGGUUUAAAGAAGCCACAGGAUCGUGCAGACCUUAUUGCAUACUUGAAACAAGCCACUUCACAAUGAUUUAAAAAAAAAAAAAAACUGAUAACAUAUGCCUUGUGUUUUUGAAGUUCCAGAGAUUGAAUUUUCAAACGUUUAGGUCUGCGACAAGUACUAUGUCUUGGCAAAUAAAGUAUAGAUUAGAUAGAUUCACAAUGGUAUUUUGUCCGUUUAGCAUAGCUGCUCAUUUGUGUCCCAAUGGGGUUGCCCUGUCAUGGCCGAUGUAAUGCUGCAUUGAAUCAGCUAUUGACUCAAUUUUAUCAAAUAUUUGAACUGCGAAGCAAGCUUCUGGUCGGUUUUUGGCUUGGUAAGGGAAUUCAUUUCAGUACUUGCAUUAUA